UAUUAAAAAUUUUUGGAAAAUUCUAAAAAAUAAAAAGAAUAAAAGAAAUUAUCUUCAAAGCAGAUUUAUAUUAUGAUUUAUUAUGGACUAUGUAUUUAGACUUUUGUUUUUUUAUUUUUCUUUAAUUAAUAUCUUUAAGAAAUCCAUAAAAUUAUGGAGAUUACUUCAAUUGUUUUAUAUUUACUUUUUGUAGUUUUAUUCCUUUAUUACCCAUUUUUCUUUUGCAUUUAGUUGUCAAAAAAGUCCACUUAGAAUAAAUUUGUACCAAAGAUAAUCAUUUCAAAUAUUUUUUUAUAAUUUUAUAUUUGA